AGGUUUGAAAGAACAUCGUUCUCAGACACUGUGAAAUCUGGACUUUGUAACAGUGCACUAUCUGAAGGAAUAUAAGGAAUUGACAAGUUGUAGCUUCCUCGCCAUUACUUUUUUGGUAUUUGUACCUCUUGCUUCUUCUGCGGCUUUAGAUCAAGAAACACCAUGAGCACAACUCAACGAAAGCGCCGUGGAGGAGCAGUUCAUUCUAGGCAAGCUCGGAAACGAAACAGGCUGAUGGCUUCUACCGCAGAAAUGGCUUCAGAAGCAGAGCCAAUAGAACUUGAAGAAAGUGCCGGUGAAGAAGUAGUAGAUCUCACAUGUGAAUCUUCUGAACCUGUAGUCGUUGAUCUAACUCACAAUGAUUCUGUUGUG